AUGAACCAAGCAUCAACGUCACCGCGACAAGAUUUCGACUUCACAUUAUGUAAAGAAGAACUACAUGGAUAUGUUUUGCAGCUCGAAGGGUGUGUCUGGCUUUGGGUUGGAAGAGGCUCUCUUAAUUCUCUACACCUCUCCAUUUUCCCGAGAAGCACCCCAGUACUGCAUUCCCCGGAAUCUGAAACCACGGACGGCCGGAUAGCACUGCGCGUUGGCAAGCUUUUCCCGGAUAAACAGGUGUUCUUCUCGACGGACUUGAUCUCGGACAACCCGGAAUACUGGAAUGAACUCUACAACACCCUGCUCACUUCCUUCAAGGAGAUGCUGUCUUCUCGAGCUCUGCCUCUGCAAACAAUCAGCAAAGUAUGCUCAAGGACGCUGGCAUCAAAACCGGGAAAGUCUCGCGAAGAUAUCAUCAGGGAGAAGACACCGAAGGGCAAGCUCGACGUGCGCGAUUUUAUGGAGAAGAAUAAGGACAAGCCGGCCAAAUCUAAAGAGGUGAAAGUGUAUGUCGAUCCGUAUCUGUUGAAGCACCCGGAAGGCGUCAAUCAGAAGACGGGAGAAGUUGAUGGGCCUGCUGGGCCAGAACCGACUCGAUUCGGCGAUUGGGAGCGGAAGGGGCGCGUCUCUGAUUUU